AUGCAGCUCUACCCAAGAGCCCGAGCGGAACGUCCCAGCAUCCACCACCCAUCAGUCCGGCCACGUCGGUUGGCGAUUAUCAAAGCGGCUACCUUUAACCUCAUCCUCCUGCAGGUUCUUUUCCUCGGCCUGUUUAGCUAUAUCUUCGGCUCCAUUUUCCAACAGACCACACACAUCCACAACCUCAAUGUUCUGUUCGUCGACUACGACGGCGGUGCGAUCGGAGACUCAAUACGCAGCGCGUAUGAGAAGGUUCGGGGACCAGGGUUUCCAUCCUUGAUAGAAAAUUCUGUCACAGAGUACCCUCAGUCAAGCACUGUUGGUGACGCAGUCUGUAACAUUGACUAUUGGGGGGCGUUGUACACUUCACCAAACGCGUCCAAUCAGUUGACAGCCGCGUUGUCCGGGGGGUCUGCUGCGUCCCAGUAUGACAGAAGCGACGUCCUCACCAUGGUGUGGAAUCAGGCACGCUAUCCAACGGUCGUUGAUUCCGCCAUCUCUAACUCUCUGAAAUCGCUGGCCGAAACCGCACGGGUUGCCUACUCUACAACAAACGGGCAACAGGCCUUGGAGUCUCUCAAUAGCUCUGAUGCGGAUGCCGUCGCGGUCAUGUACGAACCAUGGACCCUGUCUUCCGUCAAUCUCCAGCCGACAUCACAAGGAUCGCGACUCAUCUACAACACCCUCGUCAUCAUUUUGAUUAUCAUCCAGGAAUUCUUCUUCUUGGGGUAUGUCAAUGGACUAUACGUCCAGUUCAAACUCUACGCAUCAGUAGCGCCUCACCGGAUCGCGAUUGCGCGACAAUGUAUCUCAGCAGUCUACACUCUGAUCGGGUCCCUCUGCACCACAGGCGCCAUCUGGGCAUUCCGAAAUGGCUGGGACGUCAACGGAAACCAGUUCGUCCUAACGUGGACGUCCCUGUGGCUCUUCGCGCACCUAAACUUCCUCGUUCUAGACGCAUUCACCGUAUGGCUGCCGCCUCCCUACGUGCCCAUGUCCUUGAUAUCAUGGGUCGUCCUGAACUCUACCUCGGUCUUGCUUCCGUUCGGCCUGUCCCCGGGUUUCUAUCACUGGGGCUACGCCCUACCAGCCCACGCCAUCUACCAGAUCUUCAUCGAUAUCUGGUCCGGCGGAUGCAACCCGCAACUCGAUUACGCGUUGCCGGUUCUCUUUGCCUGGGAGGUUGUGGCGAUGGCCGUGAGCACGAUUGGUGUCUACCGACGGGCACACUACGCGUGUCUCGCGCAGGAGCAGGAGGACAAGUCAUGCCGAGACAACAUUGCGACUGCACUGGCGGACUUGCGGCAAACCCUAGCAAUGGAUCAGAAGACGGCGCCGGAUUCGAAGGAAGAAGGGGGGACGGUCGCUCAAAGAUCUGCCGCAUCCGCCGCGGUUUGCACGGAACGGGAGAAAUUGGUCGACAUCAUGCGACAUGAGAUUUUGCGGACGAGAGAUGAUGAAACAAGCAAUGGGAUGACAUUUGCCUUGCCAUUUAAAGAUUAA